GCAUUUUCCUCUUUCUCUUUUGUGCGCUGCCACUCUCCAGCUUUUUUUUUGGUCUUUUCAACAACCACCAACACCACCACCAGUCGACAAAUCCACGACCACGGCCAUCUACACUCGACACAAUGGCUGCCUCCACUUCCGUUCCGACCAAGGACCAGGUUCUCGUCCCCGAGACCCUCUUGAAGAAGCGCAAGAGCCAAGAGAAGGCUCGCGCCGAGAAGGCCGCCGAGACUGCCCAACGCAAGAAGGCCAACAAGGAGAAGCGCGCCGUCAUCUUCAAGCGCGCCGAGAAGUACGUCAAGGAGUACCGCGAUGCCGAGCGUGAGACGAUCCGCCUCAAGCGCCUCGCCAAGAGGGACGGCAGCUUCUACGUUCCCGCCGAGGAGAAGCUGAUCUUCGUCAUCCGCAUCAAGGGUAUCAACAAGAUUGCCCCUAAGCCCCGCAAGAUCCUUCAGCUGCUGCGUCUCCUACAGAUCAACAACGGUGUCUUCGUCCGCAUCACCAAGGCCACUGCUGAGAUGAUCAAGAUCGUCGAGCCGUGGGUUGCCUACGGAUACCCGAACCUGAAGAGCGUCAAGGAGCUCAUCUACAAGCGCGGUUACGGCAAGAUCAACAAGCAGCGCAUCCCCCUGACCGACAACCAGAUCAUCGAGCAGAGCCUCGGCCAGUAUGGCAUUGUCUGCAUAGAGGAUCUGGUCCACGAGAUCUACACCGUCGGCCCUAACUUCAAGCAGGCCUCUAACUUCCUGUGGCCCUUUAAGCUUAGCAACCCUAACGGCGGAUUCCGACCGAGGAAGUUCAAGCACUACAUUGAGGGCGGCGACUUGGGCAACCGGGAAGAGAAGAUCAACGGUCUCAUCCGACAGAUGAACUAGGGUAGCUUGCCUGAGUAAGCGAGUUCACGGGUCAAUGGGUGUUUGGUGGUAUGACGGGGCUUGCUUCUGCAUGGUUCACGGCGUUGACAAAAAACUACGGGUGCUACCGAUGAAUUGAUACCUUUGACGACGACGGCAACCCCAUCGCGUACAUCCGCGGGUCCGACGUGCCCCACAGUGUAGAGUGUCGUAGAAGUUUUAUACGCUGUCCGUGAGGCUUACCAGACGACGCAUCUUUUACAUCCUCCCUAUCACUCUCGAUCAUGGAGCGAGUGUUGGAGAUAGGGUAUUGUCGUAGAGGAGAAAACGUGUGUUAGAAAUCGACUCGCCGAAAAGACCUUCGACCAGGUGUUUUAGAAGGGAGAAAGCCAGUAUGAUGACUCGAACCUCCUACCUCUCUAGAGGCGCAAAAAAUUGCAAAAGCAACGGAUGUAGACUAACUACGCGAUACCGCGGAAACUAACCCUCCUAGGGUACCUAGUAGAAAUAUCGCGUUUUUACGCGUCUGGCAACCAGCACUAUGAGUAGCACCAUGCUGCUUAAGUUUGUAGUAGGCCUUACCCGUCAC